UUCACAAUCAUCUUGAAAUGACUUGUAAAAGUAUGAUAGUAUUGAAUACCAUGCUAAUAAAAAACCUUAGUGUAUAGAAGUAGUCUAAUAUAAGGAGGUUCUAAAAGGUCAGAGCUUUGGUCUUGGACAAUGAUUGACGGGUUCAUGUGGUGCACGUGUUGGGUCUCACUUAGCUUAUUCAUGAGUAUUAUCAAGUUCAUUGUUACUGAUCAGACAUGUUUGGGCAAGAUAGAUGACAAUGUCUUCAAAAUGAGUUGAGAAAUAACAUACCAUGCAUUAAUUUUUAAAGACUAUAAUAGUGGUCUUGGCUGAGGAAAUUUUGACAAUUUUGGCGAAUGGUGAAGGAAAUGAUAAGAGAUGCUCUGUUUUUUGUUUGAAGGGACAGACUUUAAAAGGGUCAAAGAAUGUAAAAAGCAUUAGGCUGCAGGAGAUUUCAUUAUAUCUGCGAUGAUGUAAAAUCUCCUUGCUGUUGCUUUCCUGUCGGUGGUGGAGUCUGUAACGACAUUCAAUGUAAUGGCAUUCAAUGUGAUGGUGUAUUUGGCUCCUGUUGGUGGCAGAAUAUGUAACGGCAUUCAAUUUCGUUGAAUUCCAUUAGUUAUUUGUGAGGUGGGCCAUCAUUAUGGUUUGGAGCUAGCAAUCCAGCCAAGAGCAUACUAGUCUUCAAAAACUUGCCAUCCCUAAGAAGAAUCACGCUCCGAUUUGGAAAAGGAACAUGUUUCUGUUAAAGGAGGUGUAGAUGUCUUGUCUUCUUGACCAUCCAACAAGAGGCAUGGUUGUAAAGAAAUCUUGUCUCCUCAAUUAGAACUCCGUUCCACAUGCAGUUGAUUUUUUUUGGGAGAGUGAUUGAACCGAAUAGUGGUGCAGAUGAUCCAAAUGUUUCAAAUCAUCUGAUCCCAUGUCCUAAAUCAUUUUUCAUAUAGAUGAUGGGUAAGCUGAUUGAACUGCAAAAGAUUUUGUUGGGAACAAUCCGAUGAUCAUUGAGUAAAUGGACUCUGAUUCAAUCCCUAAAGUUACUGGAAGUAGCAGUUCCACAUCAGCACUUGAAGUUGAGCCAUUUAACUCUAUUCAUGGCGCUUGUGAAAUAAUUGAAGUAGCAUGUGCAAGUAAUAGCAUGACAGGAGAACGUGUACAGGAAAAUACCCAUUUAGAUGCACUGAAGUCAGGGGUGGAGGAUGAUAAUACUAAUGAUAUUUGUGUCACAGAUUAUAAGGUCUCUGAGGGACGUAAGAAUUCAGAAGAUAAUGGGUUUCCUUCUAAAGCUGCAAAUGCAAAUACAACAGAGGAUGAAAUGAACGACGUGAAAGUUUGUGAUAUAUGUGGCGAUGUUGGUUAUGAGGAAAUGCUAGUCAUUUGCAGUGAGUGCAGUGAGGGAGCUGAACAUAUUUACUGCAUGCAAACACUUCUUUGCAAUAUUCCAGAAGGAGAUUGGUUUUGUGAUGAUUGCAAGCUGAAAUUUAAUGAAAGGGAUCAGAGUAAAGCUAUCACAGAUUCUCCAUUAUCCUCCUUGAGCCAGGAAACCUUCUUGAGCCAGGAAACAGAAAAACAAAUCAUCAAUGAAAACAGUGCCUUGAGCCAGGAAACUGAGAAACAAAUCAUCAAUGAAAACAUUGCCUUGAGCAAGGGAACUGAGAAACAAAUCAUCAAUGAAAACAGUGCCUUGAGCCAGGGAACUGAGAAACAGAUCAUCAAUGAAAACACUGCUUUGAAGGUUUUAAGCUCAACUGAAUUGAAGUUGUCCUCUGACAAAAUGCAAAUGCAAAAGAGCACUGAUAAUACUGUAGAAUGCAAUAAACGACAAAGAGAUGACAGCAACAAGGCUUCAGCAAACAAGAAACAAGCAACUGGAUUUGAUAAUGUGCAAGUCAAUGCAUCUCAAUCGCUACUUAAAAGAAAUAGCUCUUGUAAAGUGUUAGAAACAAGUAGGGCUGAUAGUUGUGAGGGUCUGCCUCAAAUAAAGAUCCCAGUGAAUCCUCGUUACACCAGAGAAGGUUCAUUGAAGAUAUCUGGAGCUGGUAAAUAUGACAGUAGUUCUAUAACACCACUAGCCAGUAAGAAUUCCACACCUAGGUCUUUAUCUAGGGAAAGUUCUCUCAAGACUGCUGAAACGGGAAAGGUAAAAUUUCUGCCAGUGCAUACUGUAGCUAGCCUUUGCUCAGGAAUGACAGUGAGAGAGUCAGCAAAGUUUACUGGCAAAGAUGGGAAUUCAGAUUCGGCCUCUUAUCGAACUGGCUUGAUUGAUCCUCAUCAGACAUCUUCCAGAGGUGGCUCUAUUCCAAUAACAGAUUCAGCUGGUCCUGUAAAUAGAUCAGGCUACCAAUCAUCUUUUCGUUCAGCAUCAGCCUAUUCUUCCUUGAGAAGUUCAGGAUUGUCCAAAUCCGAGGAUGUUUUUCCGUCAUUUCUGUUAUCUAGUAGGUCAAAUACACCUCGCGGGCAUUUGAACCUGAGGAGCAAAGAGGCUACAAAUGGCAAUGGGCAAUAUGGAUUGGCUGGAAAUACAUCUGCAAAAAUGGGAAACACAAGAAUCAGCAGUUCUAGACGUGCUCCCACGAGUUUUAAUCAUCCAAUAGAUAAUAAUGUCAAUGAUGAUGUGAAUGAAAUGUCGAAACAUUCAUUUGGAACAUCUGCAGUUAGCAUAGUUGAAAAAUCCAAGACAGAUAUAGCUGCCACACCUGUUCGUAACUCAGGAUGUUCAAAACCUGAUGAGUUAACACUGGCUAAGGAGAAUUCACAUCUGAUAUCUUCAUCAGCAGAAAAGUGUUCUGCAGUGCCAACUCAAGUUCUUCAGCCACAGGAAUCAACAUGUGAGGAAUAUAAGGGGUAUUCAGUGGCCAAACAGAGUCCAGAGGGGUUGAUUUUGACUAACAAGGUCGUGAAAGACAUAGUGUCCACUGAGCAUUCAAAUGUUCUACAUUCUGACACACAGGGUCCAGCUGGGAUGAAGUCAGUUAAGGGAAUCAUUAAUAUGAGUGAGUUAUCACAUCAGAAAAAUGGAAAUCAAUUGCCUGAUUCAGUUUUAGUUGAGAAUGAUGGGGUUUUGACACACCCUACUGUGUCACCAUCAAUGAAAUUAGUGAUGGAGGAUACAGAAGUAUCAGAUGUGCUUAAAGGUAGGUUGCCUAAGGUGGAUGGUGAAUUAUUGAUAAAGGAGACUGAGAUGUUGAAAUUGAGAAAAGAUAACUGUAAGCAUCCAGAUGCAGCAACUGCAGACGAUAAAGCUACAGUUAGAGUUGGAGAAGAUGUAAGUUUAUCAGUAUCAAACAAGCAAGUUGUAUCUGGUAGUUUAGAUAAGCAAACCAGUGAAGAAGUGAUCCCUCAGACUUCUGUGAAGAUGUCUAUGGAUAAAGAUAUAGUAAAGGAAUCCUCCUCAACCUUGGAUGAUAAUACAUCUGGUGCUCUGCUUGGAACAACACAAAAUACUUCUUCUGAGAUGAUCCUCAGGAGUAGUGAUGGCAAGAUGGAGAUAAAGCCAAUCUCGAAGGUAAUAAUCAGAGAAAGAUUGAAUUCAAGUACAUAUAUUUCAGCUGAAGCAAAUGUACAGCCAACAAAAGGGUCUUCUAAAGGUCCAUUUAGUCUUGGGAGAAGUCCUGAAAAGCAUUUAUUACCAACUUCAACGCCCUACAGAUUUGGAAGAGAGGUAUUGAUGGACUCACAGAGUGACAAAUCCAUUGUUCAGCCUUUAGAAAUAAAUGUAUCAUCCUCUGCAUCAAUGCAGUCUCAAGUGCACAGUCCAUCAUCAAAAAAAUAUGCAAUGGGAAUACCAUUACAAGGCAUGGUUGGGUUUACCCAGCAAAAAGUGCCCACAAGGCCUGAGUCUCUGUUUCUGUGGAGGGGUGGCUUUGAAAUUAUUAAUGAAAUUAGUGAGCACUGGAUUUGUGAUGGAAUGCAAGCACAUCCAUCAAACAAAUCAUCUCUGAAAGUUUAUGAAGAAUCAAGAAAAUUUCCUUCACAGCUACUGUUGGAGCAAGUGCAACGCUACGAUGCAUGGCCAAAACGGUUUGAAGAAUCUCCUCCAACUGAUGAGGACAUCGCGCUUUAUAUUUUUCCUGUAGAGGCAGAAAGUUGCAAGAUCCAAUAUUUUGAACUUUUGGAGGCGACAAUCAAGCAGGAUCUAGCCCUGAGGGUUUAUCUAGAAUGUGCUGAGCUGCUAAUAUUUGCUUCAAACCAACUACCAGAAAGUUAUCAUCGAUACAAUGGACAGAUGUAUCUUUGGGGUGUCUUUCGAGGUAGAAAGAAAAUCACUUUGGCUGUUUCACAUCAACAAUUUACAGAUUGCAAUAAUGUUGGCAAUGAUGUGCAACCAAGUCCAAGUCCCCUUUUGAUGAAAAACAACAAUCCAUUACCUACUCAGUUGACAUCCACCAAUGCCAGUGGUUGCAGUGAAGGAGAAGAAGAUAUGGAUGUUGAUAUGGAAGGGGGAAGAGAAAUAGGAAUGGCAGAAAGACCAGCAACAAGGUCAGAACCUCAAGUAGCUAAUGCAAUGGAGGAUGAUGCUACAACAUCUGUUAUCUCCAACUCAAAACAUGUGUUGAUUCACCACGAGAAUCUCAAGUCAGGCAAUCGUAUGCCAUUCGAACAGGAUGGCCUUCCAUUAGUUGCAUCCUGGUCUAACUCGGCGAAAAUCUUGGGAACGAUUCCUGAAAUGAAAGGAAGUAUUGGUGUUGAUAUACAAGGGGAAAGAGACUUAGGAAUGAGUAAAAGGUCAAAUCCAAGGCCAGAGUCUAAACUAGCUAAUAUGAUUGAGAGAAGUGUUGCACACACAUCUGCUUUGUCUAAUUCAUUAUCCAAAUUGACUCAUCAUGAUAAUCCCAAGUUGGGCAGAAUUAUAUCAUUUGAACAGGGCCGCAAUUCAUCAUUUGCAUCCAGGCACGGCUCUGCAGAGAUCUUAGGAAAUAUUCCCGAAUACAUGCCCAGUACUGGCUAUGUUAAAGAUGCCGAGAGAAGAAAUGAGCAGUCCAGUACAUGUUAUACUAAUAAUGAGCUUGAGUUUCCUCCUGGAUUUGAACUUCCACCUGUUUGCCAUCAUUCAUCUGCUAUUUCCAGGAGUAACCGUGGGAAGCAUAUUGAAGCCAUGCCUGAGAAUAUGAAUAGCUUUGGGAUCCAUGCAAAACUACAGGGAGGGGAAUUACCACCUGGUUUGGAAGUUCUUAGUGACAACACGAAGUCAUCAAUUAAUAAUUUGGCAUCUGGAUUCUCUUCACAAGUUCGCAGUCACCCACCGACUACUGUAUUGUCUGAGGAGUUUCCACCUGGUUUUCACCCCGCUUCUUUAAAAGCUUCAAUGUCUUCUCCGGACUAUCCACCUGGUCUAGAACCAGCAUCUUUGAAGCCUCCGGUUUCCUCUCCAAACUGCCCACCUGGUCUAGAAACUACUCAUAUGAAGUCUCUGUUAUCGUCUCCAGUCUGUCUGCCUAGUUUGGAAUCUACAUAUAUUAAACCUCUGGUUUUUUCAGCAGAAUGUCAACCUGGUGUAGAAGCUACUUUGGUGAAACCAUUGGUAACCUUUCCAGGCUGUCCUCCUGGUCUUGAACAUAAAUCUAUGAAGCCUUUGGUUUCCUCUCCAGACUUCCCACCUGGUUUAGAACCUGUUUUUGUUAAGCCUCGUUUGUUUUCUCCAGACUGCCCACCUGGUUUAGAAACAACUUCAAUGAAACCCGUUGUUUCUUCAGAAGAAUGCUACCCUGGUCUAGAAGCUGUUUUGGCGAAGCCUUCGGCGACUUUUCCAGACUGCCCAUCUAGUGUUGUGCCUUAUGUUCAGAAUCCUUCGUUUCCUUUGCAUAAUUCUUGUGUCACUGAACCUGCUGAAGGAAUGCCAGAUCUGUCUUCAUCUGAAUGCCCACCUGGUGUGGAGGCUGCUAUAUGGAAUCGUCCAUUGACAUCUUUAGAUCAUCCACCUGGUUUUGAUUCUGCUUCUGGGAAAUCAUUAUUUCCUUCAGGUCAACCACUUGAAAAUCUGGCAUGUAAGCAGCUUCAGGACAAGCCUGACCUUGAAGUUGAGAAUAAAGUGGAGCCAAUCCGUCAACGUUCUUCUUAUUUGUUAUCAGGAAAAGAUGAUAGCAGUAGAGAUCGUACUAAAAUAUACAAUGCCAAUGGCAGGAGAGGGGUCACACACACUGAUUCAUUUACCUCUGUCACCAGGGAAGCAGAUAAAGGUACGUAUCUGGCCAAUAUCUACAAGAACAGGAGUCCCAGAGAGGAGUAUUACCAUGGGAGAAGGAGGGAAAGAAAUGAUGGGAGAAGGGAUAAAAGCAGGAGCAGGGAAAAGGAAUAUAACUGGAAGAGGAGUGGAAACAGUAAUAGAGAGAAGGAAUGUACAAGGGAGCGGCAUAGAAACUAUAACAGAGAAAUGGAACGUAGAAAAGAGAGGCAUCGAAACUAUGGUAGAGAAAAGGAAAGUAAGAAAGAGCACGGUAGAAAAGAUAGUGGUGAAGAACAAGGUACUAGAAACCGGGAGAGAAAAAGUACAGAAAGAGAAAGUGCAAGGAAUAGGGAUUCUGGAUAUCAUAGACACCGGAGCAGGUAUGUAGGAACUAGAAGGCACAAUGACUAUGACAAGCAUUCUCACAGUUUACAUGAUUGUUCAAAUCCAGAAUCAACAACACGGUCCUAUAUGGGAGGAGGAUGCCUUGUAGAUGCUACAGAGAAGACAACGUCUAGUCAUCAUGCUAACUCUUCCUUUUCUGGUUCUAAUAUUGAACAUCAUAAUCAUAAAAGCCUAUCAUUAGAGAAAGAUUCUGAAAAUAGAGAAGAUGCUGGUACUGUCAAUCUUCACAGCAGGGAAGCCAUAAUGGACAUUGAUUCUGUACAAUUACCAAGGUCUGAGUAUUGUCCGCUAGAAUCUCACAGUUUACAUGAUUGUUCAAAUCCAGAAUCAACAACACGGUCCUAUAUGGGAGGAGAAUGCAUCGUAGACGCUACAGGGAAGACAACGUCUAGUCAUCAUGCUAACUCUUCCAUUUCUGAUUCUAAUAUUGAACAUCAUAAUCACAUAAGCCUAUCAUUAGAGAAAGAUUCUGAAAAUAGAGAAGAUGCUGUUACUGUCAAUCUUCACAGCAGGGAAGCCAUAAUGGACAUUGAUUCUGUACAAUCACCAAGGUCUGAGUAUUGUCCGCUGGAAUCUGAAGAGAAAUUUCAGAAUAUUGAAGCAAGUAGGAAGUUGACAGAUCAUCAUUUUCUUUUGUGUGAUUUAAAUGAUGAUCCUGCCUGUGAUCAUGAAAUUUCAGAUCAGAAGAAUCUUAGUGUAGAAGCUUUUCAAGAAACUACACAGGUCAAUAUAUCAGAUAACAUGAUUUCAAGGACUGAGUAUGCUUUUUUACAUUCUGGAAAGCUUGAGCAACAUGUCAUUCCCAUACAACAUAACUGGUCUUCUGGGUCAAGGAUGACUAUGCAUGAUUCUGUACAAUGCCUUCCAUUAUUUCCUAUUAAGGGAAAUUGCGGAGAGGCUGAAAGCUCUUUAAGUGACUGGGACUUUAACCUUGAAUUGGGGCUUGGACAAAGGACUAAAACUAAUGAGCCUUUGCCACUACUAGAGCAAUCUUCAUUGCAAAGUCGUUCAUGUAAUUUUAUGUUCGAUAAGAAUUCUAGCAAUUCUAGAUCCAGGUUAGUUUUUGAUAAUUCUAGGGAACCCAGUCCUGCCGAAAUAUCUAUUUUGAGUCUUUCAAUGCCUCAAUACAGAAGACAAGGAAAUAGUUGGGUUGAAGUUACAGAAGACACUGAACUGCCUGAAGAAGUAGAUGCGGACUUGAAACUCACACUAUCAAUGAUUUGAAAGGAUUGAGGAACCGCUGUAUGGAGUUUGUACAUUAUGAAAUGAACAAGUGAUAUACAUUGAAUGUAAUUUUGGCUACAUCUUUGACACAGACGAAUUGUAAUAUUGUAUCAUUUUCCAAGUGCUCUGAUUAGAGCUUUAAUUAAUAGAUUCGCUUGGCUAUUGAAUGUGGCCGAGGUGACACAUUGAUUUGUGUUCAAAAUUCUUUGUUGGCGAUAUGCAUUUGUACAUUUCGCCAAUGUUCUCUUCUUUACCAUGUCCCACAAAUCAAGGUCUCUAAUUUCAUCCCUCAAGUUGUAUGAAUAACCGACCACUUCAUCCUCCACGGGCUAAAAUCAAUGAUUUUUUCAGUGGUUAAUAUGACUUUUUUAAAAAAAUUUGGGAAUCAAAAUGUGGCUAAUUUUUCAAGUUUUAA